AAGAAGGGGAGUAAUAAUUCUAUUCCCGGGUCCCUCCCCUAGAGUAAGCCCCCACACCUCCGAAAUUUGCUGUUCUCAACUGGCGCCGUUCAAGGCAGUCAUGUGGCUGCUCUCGUCGUCCUCAUCCUUGACUCGGCAGCCACUGAAUACCUCUCCUCAUGCCUUUCUCAAGUCCUCCUGUUUUUAUCUCAUAACCCCUUUGCGUAUUAAGACCGGAAUUCCUCCAAGGCUACCAUCAUUAACGACUCGAGCCUCUGUUGAUGAUACAAGGGACCCAAUUCCGAAUACCCCGUCUCUUCUUCAAGAUGAACUGCACACAAAGCAGGCCAUCCAGGAAGUUGAUGAGAGUGUGAGUGUUCUUAAAACUGCAGCCAAAACAAGAAAGGUUUCAGCUGAAGAGAUUCUGGCAGCAUUUUCUGUGAUCGAAAAAGCCAAGGUUGAACCUUCGGGGUUUCUUGAAACUCUUGGUGGAACUAAAUCGCCUGGAAGAACCUGGAUGCUCGUUUUUACCGCAGAGAAAAGAUUGAAACGAGGACGAUAUUUCCCGAUUACUGCUGUUCAAAGAUUUGAUGCAGAUGCUAAGAGGAUUGAGAAUGGAGUUUAUCUAGGGCCAUUUGGGAACGUUACAUUUGAAGGAAGAUUUUCGUGGAACAACAGAAUCCUUGCUUUCAUAUUUGAGCGGAUACGGGUAAAGGUCGGACCAUUUAACCCGUUUGAGAUCAGUUUUAAAGGAAAUGACGAGAGGGAGCCAACCAAUACCGGUAAAUAUCCGUUUUUUGUUUGGUUUUACAUUGAUGAAGAAAUAGUUGUUGCUCGAGGAAAAAGUGGAGGGACAGCUUUGUGGGUCCGCUGCAAACGUGUUAACAUGUAGUGAAAGCUUUGUUAUUGUACUUAGAUAAAUUCAGGACUUGUAAAUUAAUAGAUAAUUGUGAUACAGUAUCAACUGAUAGUGUAAUCUGCAACUCUAAUCUCUUUGACAUUAGGAGUGGUCGAGUGGAUUAAAAUGCCAAAGUUUGCAUUAGUUUAUCCUUCGCUUUAACACAUGUACUCACGGUCUGUUUCGGUAAAAUGAUACACUUGCAGGG